CAUAAUUUCAUAUAUACUUUGUGGCAUUAAUUUUUGCCAACUUUCAAAUGCAGUUGUAGAACAUAAAUAUUUCAUAUUUUCACUUUUUUAGUAAAGUAUAUUUACUAAAAUUAGCUCUCCAGUCUUUCCUUAGAGCGGAACGUUUUCUCUCGUGCGGUGUGACGUCCGGAGCGUUUAGCGUGCUACACAGGAAGUAAACUCAAGCCAGGCAGCCAGACCAGCAGGUUGCAAUUCGCAAUUUUUCGGCCAGUAAACAUUUCAUAUCAUUUCGAAUUGUGGUAUAUUGUUUAUUCAACAUGCUGAUCAAGGUUAAGACUCUCACUGGGAAAGAAAUAGAGAUCGACAUCGAGCCCACAGACAAGGUGGAGCGAAUUAAAGAGAGGGUAGAGGAGAAGGAAGGGAUCCCCCCGCAGCAACAAAGACUCAUCUACAGUGGGAAACAGAUGAAUGAUGAGAAGACGGCGGCAGACUACAAGAUCCAGGGAGGCUCAGUGCUCCAUCUUGUGUUGGCGCUAAGAGGGGGCUUGACGGUUCACAGUCCCGGCUGCAUACGCUGCUCCUCCUUGUCAUGAGUCGCCGUUGUCAUGGGGCCAGCUGAGUGCCAACGCUUUAGGUGUCUGUCACCAUCGAACCACAUUACAGCACAGAUUUGAAAUCCAACGCUCCCGGGCCGAUGCAAAAAAAGAAAAAAAAAAAAAAGACGACCUUCUUAUUCCUUUGUAGAUGUUUUUUUGUAAACCCACAUUGGCUUUCUGAGUUUGACCAGAUGAUGCAGGCACCCAUGCAGUACAAGAGACAGUUUGAGAACACUGUGGUCUUUUUGCUUGUGAAUAAAUGCUGAAGUUAA